CUAAAUUUAUUUAUUUCUUUAUUAGUACACUGCCUUGCCUGAAUUCUGAAAUUGCUGCAAUGACGAUAUAUAGUGUAUUUGUUAUUAAUAAAGCAGGAGGACUAAUAUUCCAGUAUGAUCAUCACAAGCCAGUCAUCGAAAUGGAAAAGACUUUUGGAUUCCCGCUCGAGUUGAAGUUGGAAGAGCAAUCUGAAGGAAUCACUGUCAUAUUUGGACAAAGAGAUGGAAUAAGAGUGGGUCACAUCAUAUUAUCAAUCAAUGGCAAACCUGUCCAAAGUGGGAAAGUAGAUGGCAUCCCCGUUAUGGAGACAAUUAGUAAGAAAGAAAAUUAUCCGCUCAGCAUCAAGUUUGGUAGACCAAAACUUUCUUCAAAUCAGAAGAUAAUGCUAGCGAGCAUGUUUCACUCAUUAUAUGCCAUCAGCGUUCAACUUUCUCCAAAGAGUGGAAGUUCGGGAAUUGAAAAACUUGAAACUGAUGUGUUUACAUUGCACUGCAAACAAACACUCACAGGAGUAAAGUUUGUUGUCAUUUCUGAUAAUAAGCAAGUUGGCGUGGAUACGUUAUUGAACAAGUUAUAUCAUGUCUAUUCAGACUAUGCCUUGAAAAAUCCGUUUUAUUCAUUAGAAAUGCCGAUAAGAGCAGAACAAUUUGAUAAUCAUGUUAAAGCAACUGUGGAAAAAACACAGAAAACUGGCUCUGCCUAUUGAUCAUGUCAGAAUAUCACACCAUUGAUUCAAACCAUAGAUCCAAGAUAUCUGAGAAACAGCAUGAUGAAAGUUGGAAUCAGAAGGACAUGAACAUUUCCAAUCUUCCUAGAAUUAUUUAAUCGCAGCCAUAAAUGAUGUUAUUUUCUCUGGAAAAGUUUGGUACUUGUAUUGUUCAAAUGUGGAUACUAUUAUUCGGAAUUGCUGAGAGUAUUAACUCUGUGCUCUUCUGGCAUUUGACAUUGGGAUCAUAUUUCUCAACGACCUUGAUGUCACAGUUCUAUUCCCAUUUUGACAUUUUCUCCAACGAGAAGACAAGAUGUUCACGAGAAACUCAUGAAGAAUUACAUAAAUAAAAAUGUAUAAAAGGGGUGAAGAACAUAAUCAUGCUAUCCACAAAAGUUCAUUGAAAAUAUUCUUAUGUGGAUUAACUAAUUUAAUUUAUAAACAAAAGCUUUGAAACAAAAGUUAUGAAACAAAACUAUCUCUGAAUCGUUGAUUAUGAACAUAGUAGAUGUAGUUAGUAUAUGUACCCAUAAUAAGAAGCGGUCGCCUAUCAAAAUUCUCGGUUCUCCCGUAGUAUGUGCAACAAGAAGCCGGACAUAGGAAUGUAGUAUGUGUAUCAGGUUAGAAUUAGGCCAUAAUUUCAGGUACAAAUACUACGGGAGUCACUUGGCUAGUCCUCGAACUCGUAAUAGAAUUAAAAUGAGGAAAAUUGGAAUAAAAUUAUGACCUAACCCUAACCUGGUACAUAGACUAUGUACAGGUGUCCGCCAUCUUGUUGCACAGACUACGAGAGCGCCAAAUUCUCAACUGUCAUUACUCUUUCAUAAUAAGAUAAUCUAUUCGCGAAACUGGGUAUUGGCUUUCGAGUAGUUCUAAUUUUUAAAACGAAACAACUGAGAAACUUUUAUGUAAUUCAUGAAUGAUUGAUAAUUUUUCAUGAGGGAAUCAUUCUUUGUUGACUGUAUAUUUUUGAAAAUGUCUGGAAAGUAUUUGUGUUAUUGGAUUGGAUUAUUUUUGGUUCAAUCGGAAUUUACAUUACGAAUCUAUAUGUUUCAAUUUAGGCUAAUUAUAGUUGAAAUGUUAUGCCACUAUGAUCUAAUAUAUCUUAUUAUUUAUAAAUAUUUUGGAACUGACUGUUUUCACUCAGGCCACAACUACAUUGAAAAUUUGAUUAUAUUCACUUCUUUAGAGUCCAGGAAUUUGAUCCCAUCCGCAUUGAUGAAUAAAUUCGUUUUGUAUAAUUUUGGCUCACCUUGUGUGCAAUAAUGUUAUUUUAUAUUUCA